AUGGUUUAUAGUGGGAGUUGGCUUUCGUCUUGGGUUGACGGGGACGAUUGUUGUACAAAAUGGGGUGGAGUUGUGUGCAACAACGUAACUGGCCGUGUCACUGCGCUCCACCUCGCCAAUCUCAGUUCAGGCGGUGAACUUAGUCCCUGUUUGCUUGAAUUGAAACAGCUAAGUCACCUUGACCUUAGCGGAAAUGAUUUUGAAGGAAUUCCCAUCCCGGGCUUCCUAGGAUCUCUACUAAACCUGGAAUACCUCGAUCUAUCCGAAGCUGGAUUCCAAGGAAUCAUUCCCCAUCAGCUUGGUAAUCUUACAAGAUUACACACGUUGAGAAUACGAAUUUGGGGUCUCAAAGUUGAUAGCCUUGAAUGGUUAUCAAGUCUUUCCAAUCUCCAGCAACUGGACUUGAGCUCUGUGGAUCUAAGCAAAGCUCUCAACUGGGUAGAGGUCACUUCUGCACUUCCUUCUUUACACCACCUUCUUUUAUCUGGUUGUAAUCUUGCUAACAUAUCUUCUUCACUUCACCACAACAACUAUUCCUCCCUUUUAGUCCUAGAUCUUUCUUCUAACAAAUUCAAUUAUUUUGUUCCUAAAUGGAUUUUCAGUCUCAACACCCUUGUUUCUCUUGACCUGAGCUAUAAUAAGUUUCUUGGUCCCCUUCCUGGUCCUUGGAACUUUUCAUCCCUUGAAAACCUUGACAUCUCGUAUAAUCAUAUCAGCGGUUCAUUACCGAUGAUAUUUGGGGGUAACAAAUUACAAAACCUUGUUCUAAGUGGUAACCAGUUUUCAGGGGCAGUUCCUACUAGCGUAGGGAGAAUGGAAAGGCUGAGAUAUCUUGAUCUUUCUGAAAAUGAUUUCAGUUCCAGUAUACCAAGUUGGAUUUAUGAAUGCACUGAGCUGAGUCAUCUUAAUCUUUGCUGCAACCAAUUUCAGGGCACCGUUUUGAAUUCCAUUUCCAACUUGACUUCUUUGUCUUACUUUGACGUCUCUGAUAAUAGCAUGCUUAGUGGAGAAGUACCUAAACAAAUAGGAAAACUUUGCAAGUUAGAGUUUCUUUAUCUGUUGGGAAACAAGUUUUCUGGGUUAAUAUCUGAGUUGUUCCAAAGUCUGUCUGAAUGUGUUUUUUAUGGUUUAGAGCAUUUGUUUCUGCAAGAUAAUCAGUUUUCGGGUCCAAUGUUUGAUAGCUCAUUAAAAUUUUCAUCAUUGAUUGGUUUAAGCCUGGGAGGUAAUAAGAUAAAUGGAACCAUACCCAAGGGUCUGGGGAAUAUGUUUCCUAUGCUGCAAUAUUUGGAUAUUUCCAAUAAUGUAUUGGAAGGUCUUGUGACCGAAAAUCACUUUGUUAAUCUCAAAGAAUUAGUGUUUUUCCUUGCAUCUGGCAAUAGAUUAACAUUGAAAGUGAGUCCAGAUUGGUUGCCUCCUUUCCACCUUAAUAUAAGCCAGCUUGGACUGGGAAAUUGGCACUUGGGUCCUCAAUUUCCAGUUUGGUUGCAAUCACUAAAAGAGAUUUCUGAAGUUGAUAUAUCUAAUGCUGGGAUCAAAGAUGAAAUUCCAACUUGGUUUUGGAACUUUUCCUCUGAAAUUUCUGUCAUUGAUCUAUCCCAUAACCAAUUCAGUGGGCCAUUGCCUCAAAUCUCAUUUGACAUAACUUAUUUGGACUUGUCAAACAAUUUCUUCUCUGGAGAAGUCAUUCGUUUCUUAUGUCCUCCUCAAAAUGAAUCAAGUAUGAUGAAAAGUCUUCACCUCAGAAGAAAUGGUUUAUCAGGACAAAUUCCUGAUUGUUUAAGUGGAAGUAAUUGGCCAGAAUUGAGAGUCUUAGACAUGGCAGAGAAUAGUUUAAGUGGAAGAAUUCCUAAAUCUAUUGGGCUUCUAGAGUCAUUGUCAUUUCUUGACUUGGACAGUAACAAACUUUUUGGCAAUAUACCUCCUUCUAUACAAAAUUGCACCAGUUUAUGGAAACUUGACUUGGGUGAAAAUGAGUUAGAAGGGAAUAUUGCAAGUUGGCUUGGGAGUUCACUUUCUAGUUUAGAAGUUCUAAGGCUUCGUUCAAAUAAUUUCCAUGGUGAAUUGCCUCCAGAUUUCUGCCAUCUCACAUCUCUUCGGAUAGUAGACCUUGCUAAUAACAACUUCAUUGGUACAAUCCCAAAGUGUAUUAGCAAUCUCACUUCAAUGGUUGAGCAAACUAAGACCGCCCUUAUUAGAGAAAUCAAUCUUGAAGAUGUAAAAUCAUAUGGAGAAAGUGCUAUUGUGACAACAAAAGGGCAAGAGUACCAGUACUUAAACAUAAUAUUGGUGUUGUUUGCAAGUUUUGAUCUUUCCAACAACAAUUUUUCGGGGGAAAUACCUGUGGAACUAACCACUUUAGUGGAAUUAAGAUCCUUGAAUCUAUCAGGAAAUAAGUUGACAGGAAAGAUUCCAACGGAAAUAGGAAACAUGGAACAAUUAGAAUCCAUUGAUCUAUCAAGAAAUCAUCUUUCUGGAGAAAUUCCUUACCGCCUCUCAAAUCUGAACUUUCUGAGUUACUUGAAUUUGUCUUAUAACAAUCUGUCUGGGAAGAUCCCUACUAGUACUCAGCUUCAAAAUUUCAAUGCAUCUUGUUAUGUUGGUAACAAUCUCUGUGGGCCUCCUCUCCUUAAAUGUAGCAAUGAUGAGGAUACUCCUGAUGAAGAAGAAGACAGAGGAGAUGAUUCUGAGGCUAAGUGGUUUUAUAUUAGCAUGGCUGUAGGAUUUGUUGUGGGAUGGUGUGGUAUCUGGGGACCUUUGUUUGUUGUGAAAUCUUGGAGGUAUACUUAUUUUCAGUUUAUAGAUGAUAAGUUGAAGUCUCUUUCAAAAUGGUAUGCAUAG